CUCCUGUAACCCUUUGCCGAACACCCUCUCCUGUCUCUAGAAAUACUUGGCAGAAAGUACUAUAUUAGAUCACCGCCCAUGUCCCAAGAUAAUACUCGACUUGUGCAGAAUCAUCCCCAAACCCUCUGAGACGUCCAAUCUCACUCGCUCAACUGUUGAGGCUGCAUCCCAGUCAUGGCUGCUCCGUCUCCAACAAUUACCUUGAUCACCGGUCCGAAUCGCGGUAUCGGGCACGGGUUUCUCCAGGCUAUUGUAGCCCGUCCAAACAACCUUGUCAUAGCUGCUGUGCGAGAUCCUUUAUCCAAAGCAUCACGGGACCUUCAUUCUCUUCUCAAGGGCGAUGGCUCGCGAGUGAAACUAGUCAAGCUCAAUUCCGCCAUCGAAACAGACGCGGCCAAAGCUAUUGAGUCACUCAAGGCGGACGGCUUGGAACACAUCGACCGAGUAAUUGCAAAUGCCGGCAUCGGCGAUGUCUACAAGCCGCUCUUAGAAACCGACAUCAAGGACAUUCACAGGCACAUGGAUGUCAACUUCUUCGGCGUCCUAGCGCUGGUGAAGGCCGCAGUACCACUUCUACAGCAGGCUAAGGACCCCAAGGGCCCGAAGAUGAUCUUCAUCGGAUCAGGCGUGGCCAGCUUCGCAAAGAGCCGAGACUUCGUCGGCCCGUGGUUCUGCUACGGCGUCACCAAAACUGCCGUCCACUAUACCGCGUCUCAACUCCAUCUGGAGAACAACUGGCUGACCAGCGUGGCGCUCUCGCCCGGCUGGGUGCGCACUGACGGAAGCGCCGUUCUCGCGAACACGCUGGGCGUGCAGCCGCCUUUGAGCGUGGAGGACAGUGUCGACGGAUGCCUGAAGGUCAUCGACGAGGCCUCCCGCGACAAAUUCUCGGGGGAGCUAGUCGAGUAUAGUGGACAGGUUAUAAGCUUCUAAUGACCUUGUUGGGGGUUCAAAAAGCAUUGUCCCUAAGUUUCCAGCGGGACACGUCGCGCCACUUUCUCCGAGAUUGAACAAAGAAAAAGGGUGUAGCUAUGUAAAUACGACAUUCUGAAUCUGACCUUUGUUUCCCAGUUUCCAUCGUAUACUCCAACACCCAUCAGGU